CGAAAGAGCCGAAUCAAAGAACCGACUCGUUUACAUGAGCCAUUUUUUUCUUUUUCUUUUUUUUUUGUAGCUGUUGCUUGACUCUUGUAGUGUAAUUUAAUCAAAAACAUUCCCACUGAAACAUCUUUCCAACAUCUGUAUUGUUCGUUAGUGUGAAUACUGAGUCGUUUGUUUGACUCAGCUGUGAAAAUGCGACUGAUUCUAAUUAUUAAUAUAUUUUAAUAAAUCCACUGCAAAGUUAUGUAAUUGUAUUUAUUAAAAAGUAGAGCAAGAUUUCAUGGAACAAUUUCAUCCAUAAAAAGGACAGUCAGUGAAAACAUCUCAAAAUUUGUCCGUUUUUAAAAGGAAAACAAAGUGCCGUUUGGGAGCCGAAAGAGUCGAUUCUUUUCGGUGAGCUGAGUCAAAUGAUCUGACUCAUUGAAAAGAGCCGGAAUUCCUGUGACGAGUCAGUGCUCGCGUUUAACUGGUCGCUGUACGGAAUUAAAGGCCUGCCCUUUGUUCUCUGAGAGAGAGAGAGAGAGAGAGAGGAACAAGAGAGACAGACACACACACAGAGAAAGUGAGAGAGAGAGAGAGAGAGAGAGAGAGAGAGACACACACACACAGAGAGAGAGAGAAACAAGAGAGACAGACACACACAGAGAAAGUGAGAGAGAGAGAGAGAGAGAAACAAGAGAGACAGACACACACAGAGAAAGUGAGAGAGAGAGAGAGAGAGAGAGAGAGAGAGAGAGAAAAACACAAAGAAGAGAGAGAAGUGACAGAGAGAGAGAGAAACAAGGAAGAGAGACAGAGAUACACACACAGAGAAGGAAGAGAGACAGAGACAGAAGUGAGAGAGAAACAAGGAAGAGAAAGAGAGAGAGAGAUGGAGGACACUUCCUGCACCCCACCAAACUUCUCCUGGGUGGAGGUGAAUAAGGUGGCAGGACUGGCCUGGCCCUCCAGUCCAGCUCAUUACCGCUUCUUACUGGAUAAUGGGAUUAAACACCUGGUGUGUUUGUGUGAAUCCAAACCGCCGGCUUACGAGAGCUUUCCGGAUCUCACACUGCACCACAUCGCCAUGGUGGACUUCACUCCACCCAGUCUGAGUCAAAUUCAGACCUUUAUCUCUGUCACUGAACAGGCCAACACAGGACAGGCGGUUGCGGUGCACUGUAAACACGGCCUCGGCCGCACAGGAACCAUGCUGGCCUGCUACCUGGUGAAGACGAGGAAGAUCUCAGGAGCGGAGGCGAUUAAAGUGAUCCGAUCACUUCGUCCGGGAUCCAUAGAGACGCGCGAGCAGGAGAGAGCCGUGCUGGAGUUUCAGCAGUACCUCAACCCAAAGACUGCUCUGUAAACCCUGGGAAACAAACACCAACCUGAAUCCAGGCACAAAGCUUGUGGUUGUGUUCAGUCUUUUAGAAGACGUCUUAUGAUGUCUGAUUGUGUUGGCUAACUCCGUUAUUCAGACCUCGCAUUUUCCAAAGCAGUGACGCAUCUUAACAUCAGAGUACACUGCUACGAGUUAUCACUCAGAAAUACACCCCUUUCUCCACCCCAAUUAAAAAAAAUGACAGAUCAGUGUAUGAAUCAAGAACGAUUGAUUUCAACUCUCUGAUAUUAACUGACCCUGUGAAAGCCCCGCCCCCUUCCUCCAUCUUACGUUCGUCUCGUUUUCUCAAAAGCUGCCUUUAAGUCUUAUCGGAAAUAUCGUAAUUACAAGGUGAGAGCACUUGAAUGCGAUCACGUCAUAAUUUCAACUCAGGAACUCGUGUUUUGCUAUAAACCCCUACUUUCAGAGUUUGGGGCGUGUCAGUAACAAAAAGUCGUCGUAGCCGUCAGUACGAAUUUGAUGGUAAGAUGUCAGUGGUAAUUUUGCAUGUUAACUGUUCAGUCCUUCAUUUUUUUUCAGUAGGUAAAAAUAAACUUCUUGCUGCUGAUGAAGCAAAAAAAAAAAAAAUAAAAAAAAAUAAAACCCACUUGGACACACACUAUGCUGUAAUCAGCAGCUUCAAACUCAUACGCAUGAACUUCCGAGGACUUGACAUAGAUUUUAUUUUACAUUAACGAACUAUGAAUUUUCUGUUAAAUAAUUUUUUUUAAUCAAUAAACAAUUUCUAUAAUUUUGAUUAAUUUUUUUCUACCAAUAAACGUAGCUAACAUUAGACAAGUAUAGAUUUAUAACAUGGGAUGCACCAGAAUUACGGACACCGAAGAUGCCGAAAAAAACAUUAAACAGUUAGACAUGUGGAAACAUUUCACACUUUCCACGAAGGACAUUAGAUGAGAGUUGUGAAACGACAAUAUCAAAAAAAAAAAAAAAUGUACUGUAUGUUUUUAUUAUUAUUGUACUAAGUUUGUACUCCCUGUUUCCGGGACUAUCUACCUCUCCGAGCUCGGCAGGUCUGAUUAUUCCUCACACUGUUCUGACUGAAAGCGGUUCAUGUUAACAAACACAAACCAAAUCCUUCUCUCUGUAUUACAGGUUUUUCAGACGUGCACACCCAUGCAAACACACACCAUAACUCAGGGUGCGUCUAUGAAACACAAGCUGUUUCUAUGACAACAUUGUGUCCAAAUACUGUAUAAGCUUAGUGUGUGUGUGUGUGUGUGUGUGUGUGUGUGUGUGUGCGCUUUCUGUCCUCACUGUAUGAGAGGAGAAAUAUAACCUUUAUACUCCACACCCUCUGUAUGGUGAGGCUGAGUAAAGCAGUACGGCCAAAACACUGCCAACUCUUCCCUUAAUGUCCGGUGCUUAUAAAGCUGCAUGACAACUGACAACGCUACACAGACAUUUAUUAAGGCGUGUUGCAGUACUGUCAGAUGAUCUAGACUUCUCAUCAGAGUUUAAUGUUGUGAUCUGGAUUUCUGACGACGUAAAAUUGUGAAUGAGUUUCAUGACGCCAUGACGUUCUAGCCUAAGUCAGCCUGGAAAGUGUCAUAACACCCUUAUGUCAACACAAAUGUCACAUACCUCAGGUGUUACGUCAUCUUCUGUUGGAACAAGGCUUUAGGUUUGUCAUGCAGCCUUAGGAACAGUCAGUCAGUGUCACCAAAACAUCUCAUAUAUAUAUAUAUAUAUAUAUAUAUAUAUACACACACACACACACACACACACACACACAGUACUGUGCAAAAGUCUUAGGCACAUGCAAAGAAAUGCUGUAGAGCAAAGAUGCCUUCAAAUAUAAUUAAACUAAAUGUUUCUACAUUAAAAAAAAUACUAUAAAGAGCAGUAAACAGUAAUAAAUGAAACAAAGUCAAUAUUUGGUGUGACAAUCCUUCGCUUUUAAAAAUAAAUAGCAGUCUCAGGUGCAGUGUGUGCAGUUUUAUAAGGAAAUGAGCUGUAAGUGUUACUGAAGGUGAAGUGAAGUGACUUGUGGCCAAGUGUGGUGACCCAUACUCGGAAUUUGUGCUCUGCAUUUAACCCAUCCAAGUGCACACACACAGUAGUGAACACACACACACACCGUGAACACACACCCGGAGCAGUGGGCAGCCUUUUUUUGCUGCAGCGCCUGGGGAGCAGUUGGGGCUUUGGUGCCUUGCUCAAGGGUCUCACCUCAGUCGUGGUAUUGAGGGUGGAAGAGAGCGCUGGUCAUUCACCCCACCUACAAUCCCUGCUGGACCCGAGACUCGAACCCACAACCUUCAGGUUCACCUUCAGGUUGCAAGUCCGACUCUCUAUCCAUUAGGCCAUCUUGCAGAAGCAGCCACAGUUCUUCUGGAGACUUUGACUGUCGACUCGCUUCUUAUUUCUGCAGCGAAACCCAGCAGCCUUCAUUAUGUUUUUAUCUGAAAAGUGUCUCUUAUGGAAUCUGCUGCUUUCUUUACUGACAUACAAACAUUUUUCUGUAACAUUUCAUUUUGUGCUGGAAAACUAAUGUUUGGAAUCUAAAAUGUUUUUGUACUGAAUCAACAAUGUAGAAAUCAUUAAAAAAAUCUAUAACAAAGUUUGUAUUAAAAAAAAAAUAAAAAAUAGGGUGUCUAAGACUUUUGCACAGUACUGUGUGUGUAUAUAUGUGUACAUACACACAUUAUUAUGUAUAGAUGUUUUUAUUAAAAUCAUAAUUAUUAUAGAAAUUUAUACCACAGCCCUGUUGAACUCUGGAUUCUCAUUGGUCAGGUGUUGAUUAAUUUUCUAUAACAGCUGCUACAAAUCACAGUUUUAUAUUAACUCGCUCAUUCUAAUAGAUUAUCGUUUCUAUAGUAACAGCUCACACAGGGACUCGUAAAGCGGACACUCCGCAUAAAUGGAAUAAACAACAUGCAACAAAAACAUGCAAUCGUUGAUGAUGUGAAGUUUUCUGUAAGGACAUGUUUAUAUAAUAUUUAUGGAAGGAGUCUCCAGUGUCAGCGCUUUGUUGUUUUCUUGCUGUUUUUUUUUUUUUCCUCGUAUAAACUUCAAUAGAGAGGAAAAGAGAGGCUGGUGAGGGAACGACUGUUUAUAGCUGUUAUAACAACUUGUUUUGUGGAUGUUCCACAACAUUAAAUGUAAGUGUAAAUGGAUAAAAAAAAAGAUGGUUAUUUAAAUAGUAGUCGUUGGCAAACUGCUGUGGUAAUGAGAGGAAUAAAAUAUUUCAGGAUGUAAAAAAAAAAAAGAAAGCCCUUUGUUGAUAAUUUUCCUAUAAGGUGCAUCUCCCGAGGUGUUUUAUUCCUCACACAUCGCCCUGUCUUACUACGCAGGUGUAUAAGUCAAGAUUGUGUUUCACGCGUACAAACAGUACAGCAUUUUUUUUUUUUGUAAAAUCUGAAUUUAUUUAUGAUUUACAAAAGCCUAACAUGUAACAACCAUUAAAAUGAAAUCAAAUAAACUCUUCCUGAACCUAAAGUGAUAAACGUAUGAGUGUGUAUACAUGUCAGUUUACAUUUCUGAAGCAGAAAUAAAAGGUGAAGGAAUAUUGACACUAUAGUGUUAUGUAUUGGUUCAAUUUACAAAGUUUGUGUAUUCUUGGAAAAAAAAAUAAUUUACACAUACACCAGCAAGUCCAGAGUGUCAAUGGAGAUAUACAACCACAUGUUCAACUUUAACUCCAAUACUGUGGUCAAGGGAAAUGGAGCUAAAUUCAGAAUGACGUUAUAACAUCAGGGCUGGUCUGAAAAUGAUAGAAGAAAGGAAAAAAAUAAAAGAUGAAAUAAUCCUUUUUGCUUUUCGUUAAUCAAUUUCCAACUCGCGUGGCCCUGACUUCUAGUUAACCGUUACAAUGUUCAAAUAAAUACCUGCAAAAGCAAGGCUUCUGUAUUCGUCUCUUUUCCUUUCACUUCUUCACUGACAUCACGUCUUUAACCUCAGCUGAACUAACACACAUCCGUUCAGUUCACUUCAAUUAAAUCACAUCCUUUUCAUAAUAAUAAAAAACUAAAAGUGGGAAAAUAGAAAACUAUUAUAAUAGAAACUAUUAUAAUAGAAAAAUAUAAAACUGAAACUUUCGCUCUCUCUGGAAUUAUAAUAUAAACACAAACCUCCUCUUCUCGAUCCUGAAGCCAGAGGAAGACCGACGUUCAACGAGAUUCAUGAACUCUGCCUAAGUGUUAAAACGUUUACAGGGACACACCAAAAAGUCCGACCGUGUAAGUGAACAAACGGGCGAAUGAUCUGGAACGACCUCGCUCUCUUACAUGUCUGUACUGGGAGACAGGAAACUGGUCCAAAUCAGAAAUGUCCAGAAAUGUCCAGAAAA